UUUUGAAACAACUAUUUUUCUUACACCAGAUGAGCUGUAAAAAGCUUUAGAUAAAUUGUUUUAAAGUAAAAAUAUGAUUCGCAUACGUUUUAUUUAUAUACUAUGGACUGUAUUUCUGCUCUCAAUUUUUCUCUACAAUAAAGGACUAGCUAUUGACAGCGAAAGGUCACCCUUCUCUUCCUUGGGUUUACAAGUACCAUCAAAGACGGGUCGAUUUUCUCGCGCAUUAAAAAGUGCAAACGAAUACUUGUGGACAGAGUGGUCACCUCCGUUAAACUUCACUUGCAAAAACGGUGAAAUUUUGCUGAAUCACAUCGAAUGUGCAAAUGCUAGCGGAGUCGUUGUACAACAAAGAAAAUGUGUGUUAGAUGGGACAAGUACUAUAGAUCCACAACUUGGAACGAAAUGUACAACUGACUCUACGUCUUCUACUACAAGACUGAUCAGCUGCAACAAACCAGAGGUAUGUAACGAAUGGUCAGAUUGGGGAUCCUGCGUUGUGUGCCAGGAUAACAACUGUACAGGACUUUCUACUAACUUGAGGGCUGGACAAACACGACGUAGAACAUGUGAGCAAGAGUUCAACAAGUGCACCAUACAAUGGAGACUGGGUGCGUGUGUGAAGCGAUCAGUGAACGGAGGAUUAACUCCUGGUGGAAGAAAUAUUGGCGGUGGGUUGGCAGAAGAGGCUUCCCCUACCGACGCAAUUAGUAGUUCGGCAAAAAUCGCGGCAUUUUCAGUGGCUGGUAUAGUAAUGGUGGGGCUACUAGGAUUUGCAGGAACGAGUUUGUUACGAACGACUUUGCUUCGACCGAAUCGAAGAAGAUCUGAUGUUUUGACAGUUUCUCACAACGAGGAACAAAAUACUAGCGUAUCGAGUCCCGAUCGUAUUUACGUGGUAAACAUGGCAGCUCAACAAGGUAGACCUCGACCUGUAGCUGGAAGAAGGACUGCACAUCCAAGAUCUAAUUUAUCAGUCAUCCGAGAGGAAGAAGACGUUGCUUCCAUUCGUCGCGAGUCCAUUCAAAAUGGGACGAGUGGUCGAAAUGAUAGCGAUGAAGCGAUGGACUUUAUGGACGAGGUCCUCACAGAAGUUGAGAGAGAAGAAGAGCAAGUUGAAGAGGACGCACAAAGUGAAGACACACCUUUAAAGAUGCAGGUUGUAAUGGAAGAGGAUGAAAUUUCUAGCGCAAGUGACUCUUCCACGACUUCUGCCGAAUUUGAAACUGAUUUCCGUAAAUCCGUCGUUGUGGAUGAAGACGAAAAACUCUUCCGCGAUUUUGGCUGGAAUCCGGAAGACAGGGGAGCAUCUGAGUCUGAAAAUAUAGAGAUACGUCCGGAAAACACGCUCCGGGUUCCCGGUAGCGAACAAUAUGAUUUUUCAGCAUCAGCACUUUCACUCGCCUCUGCUAGACUCCUGGAUCAAAUGCAUCAAUGCCAUUCUUCAGUAGGAACAUGUGAAAGCGAGCUACCCCUUCCACAUUUAGAAGAAAUCAAAUCUUUUAAUUCUGCUUUAGAUUUAAGGCGGAGUGUUAACCAAGACACUAAACAGCAAUUUUCUUCAAUGCCAGAUUUAAAUUCCGCUUCAGCUGUAAUACCUGAUAUUGCUGAUGUUUUGAGCACAAGCUCAGAAGAAGAUUUCUACGAUGACGCGUUUGUAUGACGUCAUUUAAUAACAACAGCAUGCUUACGUGCGAGGUUGCAAUGCGUAUUCUAUGCCCAUAUUGCAUAUCUGUUUUUUACGCUACGUCUCGAAACAGGUGUUUGAUUCGGUGUGGUGAAUUCGAAUCUUUUACAACCGAUACAGUGUUUUCGAAAUCGAAUAUUUCAUUUUAAAAUCCAUUAUUGCACAAUACUAAAAAAUGCAAUAGGCCUACGCACGCCGUUCUUAGUUUGAAUGGGGUUUAUUGGCACUAUUUCACGCUGUGGUCAAAAAACUAUUUUAAAAUACUCCAUGUUAUAGAUAAAAGAAAACUGGUGCCCCUAAAUGAUUUGGUGUAACUGACCACAGAGUGUUUUAGCUAAUUUUUGAAUGAUCACUGUAAUAAUGCAAAUUGGGCUUCGUUUUCACAGAAGUCUUACAUCGCACAUUAUAGUAAUUGUUAUUGCACUAUAUCGUAUAUGCAGCCGGUUUAAAGUUUACUGUUAAAUUAUUCAUUCCUGCAUUUUUUAUUAAACUUGCACACGUUGCAAUUAAUCACAGAA